UUUGGAGGCGGGACUCCCGAAGAGUUCAAGGUUUCGCUUCCUGCUACCAACUCCCUUGUGGAUGGUCUAUGUUAUCCGUGUAAACGCGGUCCUUCUCUCUAAAGUGAGAUCUGUGGGACUCCACCCCAUCCUGGCCUGCCCGGAACGGCAAAAUGGAACACCGCAUUUCCUGAUUGACCUCAUUGGCGACCACUUCCGCCCAGCGGUCUGGAAUACCCAAGGCUCUUUGGUGGCGAAGAACAGGAAAAGCACUUCCGGUGCCUGUUGCCAAGGCGCCGGCCCCUUGGGCCUAAAGGAGCGACAUUAUUGGCGUCGUCCUCUCCCCCUUUUCUGGGGGUCGAGAUGUCGGGCCUUAGCCACCCAGAGAGAGAAGGCUGUCGUAACCUGCUCGGCCUACUAGACAACGGCGAGAUCAUAGCCCUAUGCGACACCAUUACCAACCGUUUGGUGCAGCCUGAGAACCGCCAAGAUGCUAUUCGUGCAAUAUUAGCAUAUAGUCAAAGUGUAGAAGAACUGCUGAAACGUAAAAAAGUCCACCGAGAUGUUAUAUUUAAGUAUUUGGCAUCACAGGGGGUUAUUAUACCUCCAGCUACUGAAAAACACAGUCUUAUUCAGCAUGCAAAAGAUUACUGGAGAAAGCAGUUACAGCUGAAAUUGAAGGAAACACCAGAACCAGUUAAGACCUCUGAGGACAUUAGACUCUUUCAGCAGGAGAAAGAAGAUAAAAAAGCUGAAAAAGUUGAUUUUCGACGAUUAGGAGAAGAAUUCUGUCACUGGUUCUUUGAACUUCUUAAUUCUCAGAAUCCUUUUCUUGGACCACCUCAAGAUGAAUGGGGGCCACAGCACUUCUGGCAUGAUGUCAAGCUUAGGUUUUAUUAUAACACAUCUGAACAAAAUGUGAUAGACUACCAUGGAGCAGAAAUUGUGAGCCUUCGUCUGCUGUCACUAGUGAAAGAAGAAUAUCUUUUUCUCAGUCCCAACCUAGAUUCCCGUGGACUGAAAUGUGCUUCUUCUCCCCAUGGUCUGGUAAUGAUUGGAGUUGCUGGGACUGUUCACCGAGGAAACACUUGUUUGGGCAUUUUUGAACAAAUUUUUGGACUCAUCCGCUGCCCUUUUGUGGAGAAUACUUGGAAAAUCAAAUUUAUCAACCUGAGAAUUAUUGGAGAGGCUUCUCUUGCUCCUGGAACAUUAAUGAAACCAGCUAUUACAUUUGAACCAAGUGAUCUAGAGGCCUUUUAUAACGUAAUCACUUUAUGUGGUACUAAUGAAAUACGACAUAAUGUAAGGCAGACAUUGGAUAGUGGAACUGGAGACCAAGCUUUAUAGUGGAAAUGAGAUAUUUUGAACAAAAGAGUACUGAGUUUAAGUAACCCUCUAAAGCAUUGAUCACUGUAUGUCAUUGUAUACAGAAACUUCCAAAUACUGCAUCAGUAAUGUCUAAGUGAUUUCAGAUGCGAGGAUUGACAUAUUUUAGUUGAAAUAUCUUUUUUGACUACAGAUUAACAUGAAUACUUGCCUCUUUCUACCUGAGUUGCUGCAAAUAUCUGAGGGCUUAAUGCAGUUCAUCAAAUAAAUCCCACUUUAGAUGUUAUAAACGGUGUGCCUUAGAAACCAGGUAAUAUUCUCAUUUUACUGAGUUAAAUAUUCAGCUUGUACGUGUACUUUUCAGGUGGAAAAGAAGUAAUAGUGUUCAAGGUUUUCCCUUGUCAAGUUUCUCAUUUUUAUCUGGAUCUGGAUAAUUUUACAAACGCAUCUCAUGACAGUGUUUUAAAAAGUGCUUAUUUUAGAGAUGUUUAAACAACCCUUAGAAAACUCAAAUGACAAUCUUGUGCAAAAAGUCCAGUAAUUUAGCAGGUGGAGAGAAAUUUACUUUGCCUUUUAAAAAUUUGAAGAACAUUUUUCAAAGUUAUCUACUGUAGUCUACACAAUCUGCAAUAUUUUCUGAACUGUUUUGGGCAAUGUCAAGUGCUGUCAAGGCUUCAAGUAACAGUUUUAAAGGGUAUGUAUUGUAACAUCAUAUAAAGGAAACAUACUGUUGAAAUUUUUAAAAAGCUGUGCCAUGCCCAUUUCCUAACUUUUAAUUGAAUUACUGUUUUCUUCUUGCUUGAUCUUGGAUGAGGUGACCAAAAAGGUGGGGGGAAAAAAACCACAUUUAUAAUGUGGGCAAUAUAUAUAUUAAAUAUAUAUGUGCAUAUAUACAUAUAUGCACAUAUAUAUUACAUAUCCACAUAAAUCUACAUCUCCACCAUCAUAAAUUAAAAUUAAUAGGAUUUUUUUUUAACCUCUAAUAGAUUUUACGAGGUUUGAGUUACGAGGUUAAGUUGCCAAAUUACAUAGCUUAAAUUCCCAGCUACUUGCUGAUCCUGGAUUUAGUUUGUGAUUUUAAUUUAUCAAAAUGUCAUUUGGAAAAAAAUUCAACUGGGAAAUGUGAUGAUGUACAUGUUAACUAUUUACCUUUAACUCUGCUCGUGAUCAUCUAGGAUGGCUGAAAAGAAUUUUGGAAGCAGGAGGAAAAAAUUCUUUGUUUUUUUAAAUGCCAUGCAUCUUAUGAGUACAAAUUGAUAUGUCCUAAAAUAAAACAUGAUAAAAGAGGGAAAUCUCUUUCGUCUGCUAUAAGAAUAGUAUAUUGUUUAGAUUUAAAGCCAGAUUUUGUUUUUCUUCUUUAAGUUGGAAGUAUCAUUGUACUAUGUAAUCGAUAAGUAGCCUAAGUAAAGGAUAAAUUAAAAACUAUUCCCAUCUG